AUGUCUUUCUCGGGUGGGCUGAUGAAGAUGGUGAAGCCCUGUUUCCGGCCCUCCUCCGCCGGCGGAAUGGAGGACGCCUCUUCCCGCAGGAGUGGGCGGGUGGACGGGUUGCUCUGGUACAAGGACCUGGGCCGCCACGUUGGGGGAGAAUUCUCCAUGGCCGUGAUGCAGGCCAACAACCUGCUGGAGGACCAGUGCCAGAUCGAGUCGGGGGCGCUGGGCUUGGGGUUGCAGGCCCCGCACGGUACCUUCGUCGGAGUUUAUGAUGGGCACGGCGGGCCAGAGGCGGCGCGGUUUGUCAACGAACAUCUGUUCAACUACCUGCGGAGUACGGCCCCUUUGCCUUCCAUAAUUUCCUCUUGGUUCCUUGGAUAAAUCUGGCGCUGAUUUCCAUCAUUAUUUGGCUAUUUCUCUGAUAAUUCCAUUCAUUUGUUACCAUCAUCCACCAAAUCAAAACCGGUCAGGACCAAGAACAUCAAUUAUCCAAUCAAAACCAGCUGACUUUGGCGAACUGGGUUCGACUUUGAAGGGGCUGCAACUUUGUAAACUGGAUUUUUUCUGUGUUUACAUCUACUAACGACCUAUGCUUGCUGUGCUGGAUGAUUGAAAGAGUCUCGUUACCCCACCGCAAACCUGCCCUUUACUAUGGUGCCCUGAACGUCUCAAUUCUUGUCCCGAAAACCAUUAAACUGCUAGUUGACAUGCUUAGAGAUUGGAAUGCGAAGUAUGCUUUUAAGAAACAAUCUAGUGCAUUUCAAAUUUUCAAUCUUACUUUCCUAAAAAAAAUCACCAACCCUGGAUUUUGGCACCAUCCAAUUUCAGUGUUAGGUAAAAUUGCUUCAUCCUAAAAAGUCUUGUAGCCAUGAUAAUAAUUAGAUCGAAUGGUAUCAUCUUUCCUUUAAAAUUAAUUGUCGGGUACAGCAUUCUCUCAGUUCCGCACUUGUUCUUGUGAAGAAAUUGUUAGCAUAGCAAGGGCUAGAUAGUGCAAUGAAAGAAAUACAGCCUGACGAUUGACAUAUACAGGUUCCCUGCGGCUCAGGGGCUCAAUUUUCGUCAAAUUAGUGAUUACAUGAUCUCUAUCGCAUUCUCACCUCAUUUUGGACUAAUUUUCUUCAGUCAUUUUUAUGGAGUUCUAUCGUGUGGACUUUUCCCCUUGUAAUAUUCUUUUUUUUUUUUGCAGAGUUUUUAUCUGAACAAAAGGGCAUGUCGGCAGACAUCAUCCGCAAGGCAUUUUUGGCCACUGAAGAAGACUUCCUAUCACAUGUUCAAAACCAGUGGCUCACGAAACCACAGAUUGCUGCAGUUGGUUCUUGUUGUUUGGUUAGCAUCAUCUGUGGUGGGCUUCUUUACAUUGCCAAUGCUGGAGAUUCCCGUGCAGUCCUUGGUGUAUAUAACAAAACUUUCAAAGAUAUCACUGCCGUUCAAAUGUCUACAGAACAUAAUGCCGCAGUUAAUUCAGUGAGAGAGGAGCUUCAUCUGUUGCAUCCUGAGGACCCCCAAAUUGUGCUUUUGAAGCAUAAUGUCUGGCGCGUGAAGGGUCUCAUACAGGUAACUGAUGUUGCUUGGUUCUCAUUCAUCUCCUAGCCCAGGAAUUUCUCCUUUAUCUUGUGAAGCGUUGAAAUCUUAUCUCUUGCGAUGAUGAUUCUAGAAUAAUUCGGCAUGCCCAUAAAGUAUUCAAAGACUGUGCCCAACAUUCCAUUUGCUCGGGAGUCGGAUGCCUUCUAAUAUUGCCUUUUCCCAGGUUUUUCCUCUUUUGCUCCCAUCUUAUGUAGAACAUGUUGUACCCAAUUUCAGCGUAUGGCGGGUGCUCCUGUCUAGACUGUGUUCCUGAACUCUUUCUACAUCUAAAAUGCGUCAGAAGAUGAACAGAUCCUGAAGAAAAUUGCAUCUAACAUUGACGAAUUACUCCGAGGGUAUCACAUGCUUUAUUUCAUAUCCUAUCUUUUAUGCAACUGAGGACCCAGCAACUGGUCUCCGCUGCACCUGUGAAGGCUGCGAUCCUGAACUCUUUAUAUAUCUCUAGUGAGUCUAGAAAUGGACAGAGAUCCUGAAGAAAGUUGCCUCUAAUUCUGACAAAUUGGUCCUUAGGUAUCGCAUGCUUCAUAUCAUAUCCUCUAAUUCUGACAAAGUCUCCUUGUUUGGAGGUUGACCCGGAUGGAUUCCUUGUGUUGAGCCUGCUAAUCUACAUGUCACCAAAUUUUUGGACGGAUCAUGGCCUAAUAUGUCUUAAAGUUAAAGUCUGCAGCAUUAUAUUGAACCCUCUUCUUUUUUUUUCUUAACCUAGUUCCACCAUUCUUGCAGGUUUCCAGGUCCAUAGGUGAUGCUUAUCUUAAGAAGGCAGAGUUCAAUCGAGAGCCUCUUCUUCCAAAAUUCAGGCUGCCCAAGACCUUCAAUAAGCCAAUUCUGAGCGCAGAGCCGUCCAUAGUAACACAUCAACUCUCUCCCCAAGAUCAAUUUCUUAUACUGGCAUCUGAUGGCUUAUGGGAGCAGCUGACCAACCAGGAGGCUGUCGAGAUCGUUCACAACAGCCCAAGAAACGUAAGUUUACCCAAAGAGGAAGAAUAUACGGUCCAUUCUUCAAAUAAAAUAUUUCUAUUAUUAACACUCAAGCAUUUUUAUAGGGUAUAGCAAGGAGACUGGUGAAGGCCGCCCUUCAAGAAGCCGCAAAAAAGAGGGAAAUGAGGUACUCCGACCUGAAGAAGAUUGACCGCGGAAUCCGAAGACAUUUCCACGAUGACAUCACGGUCGUCGUUCUAUUCCUAGACACCAAUUCAUUGAGUAAGAGCCCUUCCCGCAGCCCCUCGGUCUCCAUUAGAGGUGGGAUCUCUAUUCCAGUUGACCCCACUCGCCCCUAG